AUGAGCUGGAUGGACUCGUGGUCCCGCCCGGGAAAGCAUGCCCCGAUUCCACCACCGCUCUAUCUCACCCAAGGCGACCAUGUAGCGUAUUGUCGAACUUGUGGGAGAGUCAUCGGUUCUCGCAAGACGAAUCGGCAGGACCAGAAUCCCACGAGGUAUUGCUCUGACCGUUGUCGGCACCGAAAGCCGAAUGCUUUCGAUAAAAAGAUUGAACAGACCAUCGUCGACCUUCUCAACUCUGAGCCUGGAUCUGGUAUUGAUCAAACCGCCGCCGCCUCGAAACUAGUGAAAGGUGAUCGACGGAUAGUCGUUACUUGCGAUGAGAUCGGGGAGAUCGUCUUCGGCAGUCGACACGACCCAUUCAAGACAUUUGGUCGCAAGAAAAAUCGCGCCAGCCGUGCACUCGGGCAUGAAGAGGAAGAAUGGAGGAGUGUCGACGUGAUCGAUAGAGAUGAAUCUUUGUCGGGCCAUGCCGAUCAGUGCAUGUUACCUCACGACUUGAAAGAAGGUCCGAGGAUCCGACCUGCUCAGACGGAGUCUGAAGUCAAUGGUAGUAUCGGCGGCGAAAAGGGCUGGGCGGAGCGACACACGGAAACCUCUGAAGAGCUUGUGAAGAGACAGGAGGGCCAGCGGGUCGCUGAAGAACGCGAAAUGAUAAGACGUGCUGCUAGAAGGCUGAUUGCAUUUGGCUACAGCGCCAGAGCAGACCCAUCAAAUAUGUCGAAAUCGGAGACCGAGUCUCCAGGUCAAUCCAGGAAAAGGCUCGUGGGCGACAGAGAGCAUUCGUUAAGAGACAGUCAACGAAAGUGUGAGGCUGUAAUAAAUGGUGCGGUGGUCGAGCCUAGCUUCGCAAAAGGCAAUUGGGCCAUAAGAUGGAGAGAAACAACUUGA